AUGGCUAUUGUAUCCAGUACCGAUCCUGUCUUGUCUUCCUUCCUGUUUUAUGCCACCGUUGUUAUUUUGAAAAUGAUGUUUAUGAGUUUUGCUACAGCUUUUUACAGGCUAACAAAAAAGGUGUUUUCUAAUCCAGAAGAUUGUAAAGGUUUUGAGAGAUCUGGAAAACGUCUGACACCAGUCAUGAAUGAUGCUGAUGUUGAACGAGUCAGAAGAUGUCAUCUGAACGAUCUUGAGAAUAUUGUACCAUUUGUUUUGAUUGGGUUGCUGUAUACACUAACCGGACCAGAUCUCUACUUAGCUAAACUUCACUUCCGCAUUUUUACUGGAGCUAGAAUACUUCACACUUUGGCUUACUUGAUACCUAUCAGACAACCUGUCCGUGGUGUGGCAUUUUUUGUUGGUGUACUAACAACUAUCUCUAUGGCUGUUGCUGUAUUGAAAAAUGCUAAUUUUUGA